AUGAUGCCACCAGCCAGGCGUUUAAACGGACAAGGAACUCCGGCAGCCAGUGCUGGGCCUUGCCAGGUAAGGAUUGGGCUGAUGCAGAAACCAGGAGGUCUUGUUGACGACGUCGUUGCUAAUACUCCCUCCCACAUCCUCAUGCACACGUGCAUACACAUACAGAUACACAUGCCCACACACAUACGUUCGGCAGCACUUGGGUCUCUUUUUGACGCCAGGCCUUAUUCAACAUUGCAGCCGCCCGCCGCCCCAAUUCCCGCAAUAUGGCAAGACAUAAGUGCCGAGAUGUGCACGCCCAGUAAGCUAGGUUACUUGGUGUCACCAUGGAUGCAUUGGCAUGCAGGUACGUCGCAGUGA